CGUGAUCUUCAUGCGGAACAAACAUUCAAACAUGGCGUUUGUGAAGAAUUGACAGCACCACAACUUCAAUCCAGUCCUUCAAAUGCAAAUAUUACACAAUGUCGUUAAUAUUUCGGCAAUAUUUCCACCUUUCGUGCCUGUUUAUACUAGUCGAUUUCGCAUUUUCUGGAAAGAUGAAGAUAGUCGAGGAGCCCAAUACGUUUGGGCUGAAUAACCAUCUCCUGGCUCAGGGUUCGAGGCUACAGGCUCGGACCACCCCUUCCCCUGUGUCAGGACCUCGUCACCUACACCACCUGGCAGGAAAGUGCUUCAGUUACAUCGAAUCCACGUAUAAAUAUGAGUUCUGUCCAUUCCAUAAUAUAACCCAACAUGAACAGACGUUCAGAUGGAAUGCCUACAGUGGAAUCCUGGGGAUCUGGCAGGAGUGGGCGAUUCAGAAUAACUCCUUUACUGGCAUGUGGAUGAGAGAGGGAGACUCCUGUGGGAACAAGAACAGACAAACCAAGGUUCUUCUGACUUGUGGAAAUAGCAGUAAACUGGCGCAGGUGUCCGAGCCUCAAACCUGUGUCUAUUCUCUAACAUUUGAGACACCGUUAGUGUGCCAUCCACACUCCCUGUUGGUUUACCCAGUACUUGGUGAGAAGCUGCAGACAGAGUGGGACGAGGCGGAGCAGGCUCGCUACGAUGGCCUUGUGACUGAACAGGGUUACGACAAGCUAUUGCGGGACCUGUUUGAGGAAGCCGGUCUCCUGAAGCGUACACAGCCGAAGACAGAGGAGCCAAAGCGCACUCAGAAAGCUCAGCAGACACUGGAGCAAUGCAGACAGGAUGUGGAGAAGAAGAAUGCUGAGAUUGAAAGACUGCGCUCUUUACUAUCACAACACAACAUUCCCUAUGAGCAGGACACGGCCGAAUCCAAAGCUGCUGCUGCGGCUGCUGCGGCGGAGCAGGGCAAGCAACAUCUCCGAGGGGACACAGGCCUCAUCGCUGAUCUGCUAUGAGGUGACUGAAGCCCUCAGCCACAGUGCCCCCUUGUGGUGAAUACAAGCCUUCAACCGCAGUUACCUGACUCUCGCUGAUGGUUGUUUGCAUGAGGGUCUGCUGGAGACAGGCAACAGCCACAGUACCCUGUGUUGGGAACACAGCCUGGAUAAGGUCAGCUGGUUGACCUCACUAGAUGCGGGUAUCUUUGCCAACUGAACAGUCUGUACGUCCCACACUGGAAUGGAUUGGUUGAAUGCGAUGUAUGGAGAAUGUGAAUUGAAGUGGACAUCUUGCACAUCAAGCAAUUGUGUGAAUUUGUGGACCUAAACAGACAUUCUAGUAUUCCGUUUGUUGCCUCAGUCUACAUAUUUGCACUUUGAAAGACUUUGAAACAUUGGCUCUGAUCCUUUACUGGUUAAAGUUCUGUGUAUUCGAUUCAGUGUUUACCUGUUUGUGUGUAACAAUUGCCAUAAGCAUAAUUUGUCUGUGUAAAAGUUUUAUCACAUACAGUAUUACAGUUUUUCUCCAUU